GGCGGGGCUAACUCGCCGUUUUAUUCGCACUCUCGCAGAGCAAGAGGAGAAUCACAAAAAAUGACAUCCAGCUUUUCCAGAGGAAAACCGAGGCGUUUAGAGACGCUUUCCUGAAGUUUCCCUCCUCACAUUACCACGGAUUACAGCUCGUUCUUCAGAGAUGUAGUCAGUAGACUUCGUAAAUGUGUGUUUAAUACAGAAGGACAGUGUUUUUCCACACGACAGUGAUUUGCGCGGCUCUGAAUCCGAACUCCCUCAGCUUCUGAUCGGACAUGUGUGAUUUAAUGCCAGCGGCUCAACCGGCCGAAAAAAUCGGGAAAAUGAAGAAAUUAAGAAGAACUUUGUCGGAGAGCUUCAGUCGCAUCGCCUUCAAGAAAGAAGACAGCGGCUUCGACGAGAUAUGUGUCACCAAGAUGUCCACUCGCAGCGGUCAGGGAUCAGACUCGCUCAUCAAGCCCCUGGACACUAUCCCUGAGGACCGCAAGGUGCAGCGGACGCAGAGCGGCUUCGACCCCUUCGAGAAGCCGGCCGGUCAGGUGAAGCGUGUGCACUCGGAGAACAACGCCUGCAUCAACGCCAAGAGCUCGUCCUCCGGGAAAGAGUCUCCCAAACUCCGGCGUCACUCCAGCCCCAGCUCCCCCACGAGCCCAAAGUUCGGGAAGGCAGAUUCAUACGAGAAGCUGGAGAAGCUCGGCGAGGGAUCCUACGCCACCGUCUACAAAGGGAAGAGCAAGGUGAACGGGAAGCUGGUUGCGUUGAAAGUGAUUCGUCUUCAGGAGGAGGAAGGAACGCCGUUCACUGCGAUUAGAGAAGCGUCUCUGCUGAAAGGCCUGAAACACACCAACAUCGUUCUGCUCCACGACAUCAUUCACACCAAGGAAACCCUGACGCUGGUCUUCGAGUAUGUGCACACAGAUCUGUGUCAGUACAUGGACAAACAUCCCGGUGGCCUCCAUCCAGACAACGUCAGGCUCUUCCUGUUCCAGUUACUGAGGGGUUUGUCUUACACACAUCAGCGCUACAUCCUUCACCGAGAUCUGAAGCCUCAGAACCUGCUCAUCAGUGACACUGGAGAACUCAAACUGGCCGACUUCGGUCUGGCCCGAGCGAAGUCGGUCCCCAGUCACACGUACUCUAACGAGGUGGUGACGCUCUGGUAUCGUCCUCCAGACGUGCUCCUGGGAUCCACAGAUUACUCCACCUGUCUGGACAUGUGGGGAGUCGGAUGCAUCUUUGUGGAAAUGAUCCAGGGAGCGGCGGCAUUCCCGGGCAUGAAGGACAUUCAGGAUCAGCUGGAGAGGAUUUUCCUGGUUUUGGGGACACCAUCGGAGGAAACGUGGCCAGGUGUUCACUCACUUCCGCACUUCAAACCAGAUCGAUUCACUGUCUACAGUCCCAAGAAACUCAGACAAGCCUGGAAUAAGCUGGGUUAUGUAGAUCAUGCUGAAGAACUGGCUUCCAGGUUUCUCCAGUGCUUCCCAAAGAACCGUCUCUCGGCUCAAGCGGCGCUUCAUCACGAGUUCUUCAGCCAUCUGCCCCCGAGACUCUGGGAGCUGCCUGACAUGUCUUCAAUCUUCAGCGUUCCUAGCGUUAAGUUACAGCCGGAGUCUGGCGACAGCAUCCAGGUGUGCAGUAAGAGCAAAGCCACGUCUAACAGCAAACACUGACCGCCGAGAGCCAGACAGGUUGGCUCUGUCAGCUGUCAUGAAAAAGACAAAAAGAAGAAGGAGACUGGAACGACUCUUAAUGUUUAUUUAAAUUAUUUAAUUUCCGUCUGGUUUGGCCUUCCACAUCGGACUGAGAGCAAAUCAGUCAAAACUGAGUUUUACCAUCUGGAAAGUGGCGUAACAUUCCCACAUCGACUGCAUGCGAACUACGUUUGGACUUAAAACGGCAAUUAAUACGAACUGUUUGUCUAUGUAGCUACCUAUGUACGAAUGUUUGUACAGUUAAAUGAGUGUCUAUCUAACAGAACAAACCAAAAUGCCCUUUCGUGCACAAUCACGCAUUAUCGAGACCAAGCUGGCAUUUUGCAUUUCCUGCAAUCUUACACUUUGUUGGCUAUGGUACCGUCCAGCUGCACUCCCAAUAACAUGACAAUAAUUUCCACAGAAAUAACUAGGGAUGCACCAAUGUAUGAGCCAAUAAUCGGUAUCAGACGAUAAAAGCAAUUAGCGAUUAGACAUAGAUUGCUUUUAAAACAGACAAUGAUCAGGGCUGAUUAUAUCCUGUUAAUCAAAGGGAAAAACAUGUCAGACACCAACUUGUGUUGUGUUGAAUUUUAGACUGUCCAAAUUAAAGCAAUAAUAACAAGUUCUGUUUGACCCUAUAGCACCUGUAUUUUAAGCCAGGGUUGCUAGAUCACCAAACAUUAUUUGUAAUGAACCUCCCAUCCAAUAAUCAAAGGAGCUUUGUGUUUUUUUUUACUUCUGAUUAGAAACAAGGUCUCAGCUCUCAAAUAAUGUCCAUCUUAUUGCAUAAUUUGAAUAAUAAAUGCCGUUUGAUGCUUCUACUUGUGGAGUUCAGAUCUCUGUAGCACUUCAGUUCAAGAGGCAGUGCAAAGCGCGAGUCUCUUCCACUUUAAAACAAGUUAUAGUGUGAAAUAAACAUGAAUGAACAUCAGAAGGUGUUGAAAGAUACAGUACAUCUUACAAAAAUGUAUCAUGUCUCAUAUUAUCACUCAAUCAGCAUUUCAACCGAAAGACGUCAAAUAAAACAGCUUGUGAACAGUGUAUUGCUUAAUGUUGCAUUCACCUCAGGAAACUUAUCCAGUGUGAACAGUUGGUUAGGUAGCUAUAAAAACAGAGCUUAUUUAUUGUUAAUUAUAUAUGUUUUUGAAUAAAUCUUUCAUAAAGACAGUUUUUAGGAAAACUACCUUGUGUAAUUGAAUUGUAUUGAA